AUGGCCACUUGGGCUUACCCGCCUGUACCCCCAGAGCGCCUAGAACAGGAAGUCGACUCCGCGUUGGCGAAGGAGCUAGAAUGGCUAUUACGUUCGCUGCAAGACUCCCUUACCUCGUUACGAGAGGGCCUCCAUGAAUGCGCAGCCCUAUUGGCACCCAAGGAGCCGGGAUCAACACUCGUCCUCUCAUCUCUACGCUCAGAAAAUGUAAAAGGUUUUGUGACUCGGGUUGGGACAAAGAUCGUGAAAGGCGACAUCCAACUCCGUCUUAGCUCCCUUGCCUCGCGGGGCUCGGCCACCACCCGCCUGUGUCUGGCGAAUACGCCUACAACACCCGAGCUCAUUUUAAGUCAACUAGUAUCGGUCAAAAACUUGGUCAACCAAAGUCUGGAUAUUGUCGAUGUAAGCACUUGGACUGGUGACCCGCUCAACGCCGGCUUCAUCUACAGCCAACUGCACCUCCUCCGCGAGACCAUCAGUGAAGCACGGCAGAUGUUGAAGGGCGAAAAUGACAAAGUCAGAGGCAAGUGGUGGGAGACAAGUGCGCAAGAGGAGAUGUUUGAUCCCCCGCUACCGGCGUACUUAUCGUUCCAUCUAUCCAUUGCGGAUUCGGCUCUGGUCCUUUAUUUGAGGACGCUAGAAUCUAAUACCCCCGUUCACACGCCAACCGCAUUCGCGACUGAUAUAUCUCUGACCGGGUUCAACCUGCGGGAUCGGUUGUUUGGAAGCCGCCAUCGUCCUCACGAUGAGGCAGGCGAUGUUUUCACCUGGAAAGGAGAUGAAGUCAAAGUGAGGGAGAAGAUCCGCGUAGAGAGCCAGGACCCUAGCCUUAUGGCCGUGAUGGCCAAACUAACCGCUCUUGAGCACGAAGUGAUGAAGUGGAUAUCAGCUCUGAAGGUGCUCAUGGGUAACGAAGAUACAGACAGCGAGUCUCAGUAG